UGCUGCAUGCUGUGUGUUUAGUCAGGGUACACCAAGCUAGUGGUUUUCUUAGACUUGUGUUGGUCAGUAGGUGUAGUUUGCUAGCAGCCAGGCUAGCUUUAGACACUGCCAGCACAUCAGUGGCUAUGGCUCUUUGGUUUGUCCUUGGCGUGGCCUUACUCCUGCCUCUGUCACCUGCAGCAUGUGAUCACAUCCCUGAUGGACUUGUUCAGAUGGCGUGUCACGAUCGCUACUUCAUGAUGGCUGUCAAUUUCUCCUUUGGUGAGGAGGAACCUCGCUUUAAUGCUGUUGAUGGGAUGGGUGUGUACCCCAUUACUAAGCAAUAUGCAGCAAGGUGUGGCUAUAGUGUUCUCACUGUUCCUGGCCAAGUGGAGCUCCGAGCUUCCUACUUCAGCUGUCACACUGAUAACAAGGAUCAAGUGUUCACAUUCAGUUUCAACUUGACUGUGACACAUGAAGGACGAGAGGUUGCAUAUGCCUUGAACAAGACCUGUUCUCCCUCUCUUCCCUGGUCUCCCAGAGAGGUCACCUGUGAGAUCAACUACAUAGAAGUGUCAGUGAGUGUUGGUGACACCUGUCCAGCUAUGACGCAGAGUGCUGACUGGAACGCCCUCAGUACGGCACGUAGCUCCACCCCGUCAGACUGGCAGGUGAUGUUUUACACUGCAAAGGUGCAGUUGCCUCCCAUGAACCUCUCUGAAGCUUGUAAGCAGGGUUAUGUGUUUGAACUGACCAAUGGAAGGCUUGUGUUUCGGACACCGUAUGGACAACCUGACUCAUUCAGCACUGAGGUGAAUGGUGUUCCAGUAGAGGUGGUCCAUGCAACUUUGUUCUCAAGACACAGCUGGGUUGUGUUUAUGGUGGAGCUGGUGGCUGCAUGCUCAAUGUCUGAAGGAUCACAUGAUGGUGGACAUGUGAUUUGGGAGACUCCAGAGGCGCUGUACCCCAGUCUGAACAGCACACAGAUUAAGGUUGGAUUCGGUAGUGAACUCAUGGAGCUGCAAAUUGCAGAGGAAAGAGGCCUUGCUGUGUCACAGCACAAUGCCACAAUCCAGCUCCACAUUCCUUAUAAUGUGGAAGGGGGAUACAGGAAGAUCUUUGUGAACAGUGACCUCUACGAGUAUUAUAUUUUUAAUCUCUACUUUGAACAAAUCUCAGUGGAUGAGAAUCACCUUGAGACCAGACUCCGGUAUCGCAGGGUACUCCACACUCCCCUGCUGCCACAUCCUCUCUUUAUAAAUGACAGAACGGUUCAUGGGGACUGGAUGUUCAGCGUCUACCUCGGAGACGUCCCUGAGGAUGUUGAACUGGCUGCUCUACAGCUGAAUGGACAUGAAAUGACUUUGUCACAAAGCAAUGCAAGCACAAUAACAAAAGUUGGUUACACCAACAAAACUUCUGGCUUCAUUCUGAAUGUAUCUUUUGAUGAUCCUAUUGUCUUACACCAGUAUUCCAGUGCAGAUGCAGUUUUUCAGUACAAGCUGGAUAUCAACUACACACUGAUGGUUCUACCUGAGAAUGAACCUUUUUAUUACCUAACAUCUGUAGCAGCACUGUUCUCAGAUGUUUCUCCUCCAACCUUUCAUGCCAUCUGUUUUGAGUCUGGGAUCAGCUUCAAACUAAACUACCAGCCUUUUCACUACCUGUGGGAAAUCAGCAUCGGCUCAGAUCUGCUGACACCAGAGCUGGCAGCCCAUCGUGGCUACAUAAUGAGUAACGAUAGCAAGACACUGCUGCUCAAUGUGUCACUGUUUACCCCUGGGUAUACAUACAAGGACAUUACGCUGAAUGGAUUCCUUGGCACUUUUGAGAUCCUCAUGCGAGAGCGCAAAACACUGGAAGUGCAGGGUUCAACAAUCAAGACUUGUCCAUUCUCCCCUAUGGAGUUCAUUGUGUGUUCAACUGAUGGAUGGAUGACUGUGGUGGCCGACAUGUCCCUGACCAUCCCACAAGGAGGAAUCCCUGCUCUGACCAACCUCAUAGAUACAGAGUGUGGACCAAAAGAGGCAGACAACACAAGGGCUCUCUUCUCAUUUCCAAUAAACGCCUGUGGAUCUAGUAUCAAGCUUGGCAAGGACAACGUGACCUAUCAAAAUGAGAUUUUCUCAAAAUACCCCGAUGUGAAUAAAGCAGCUGUUACUGACAGGGUGCUAGUUCAGUGUAUGUAUCCACUGGCUGGCCUCCAUCGCCUCUUCUCAGUCUACAGGUUUGAGUCUGAGACUGCCGGAGUUGGCAGCAUCAUUCACAAGACCCAGCCCACAGCAGAUUUGCAGAGCAACACAAAGCCUGCAACUGCACAAGAAGCCCAGCCUGCUGUCACAAGAGUAUUUAAAGCCCCACGUGCUACCAGAAGACCACUUAAGGCCCUGCCUGCUAGAAAAGCCCUUGGUGAACCUGUGGCAUUUCCUCCUGGUCACAAUCCUACUGCUUACUACAUCAGAGUUUCAGGGCUUCGACCAUCAUGGAAGGAGCUGAAGGAUUCUCCUGAGACUUGGAUUUCUAGAAACUGAAUUUAAUAAAGCUGGUUUUUUUUCAAA